GUAAAAUCUGGUCUCCUAUUUCAAUUCCGUUUCUCUCUCGCCGGAAUAUAUCUCCUACAUCAUCUCCUUAUCGUCCGCCACCGUCGCAUACUUACUGUGAUUUCACAUAAGGAAGAUGCCGGACGUACAAUCAACGGUGGUGGAGUUUGUAAACAAGCUCAGGAAGCGUAAGAUUGAGGGCUCACAGGCUACCGCCAAAUGCACUGUAGAGCUUCUUAGGUCAGUAAUUUCGUAUCAGCGAGUGCCUCACGCAAACCAGGCCGCUGCUCUUAUUGAUGCUGUGAAAGCCGUUGGUCAGCAAUUGGUAGCUGCAAAUCCAGUUGAGCUUGCGGUGGGAAAUGUAGUUAGACGGGUUUUGCAUAUUAUAAGGGAGGAGGAUCUUUCCCUCACUACAGCAGCUAUGGCGGGUUUGGACUUGUUGGAUGCAAGUGAUGAUGAUGAUGUAGAUAACUGCAAAGGAAUUGGGUAUCCUGCAAUGUCUGCAGCAGUUGUUGCAGCUGCAGCUAGGAGUACGUUACGCCCUCCAUCUUUGCAAACGCUACUCGAGGGCACUCCUGAAUCUGCAACUGUCCCAUACACAUCUUCAUCCGGUGCUGAUUCCGAAAGCAAAAGUAAAUCUGCCGAUAAAAGUUCAUUAACUCGGAAGCUAAAGCAUGAUGUUAUCGAAGGAGUGAAUCAACUUAUUCAUGAGAUUGCUGGUUGUCAUGAGCAGAUUGCUGAGCAAGCUAUAGAGCAUAUACAUCAAAAUGAGGUGAUCCUAACCCUGGGUAGCUCAAGAACAGUGCUUGAGUUUCUGUGUGCUGCAAAGGAGAAAAAAAGAUCUUUUCGUGUAUUUGUCGCCGAAGGUGCUCCAAGGUAUCAGGGCCAUCUAUUAGCAAAAGAACUGGUAGCUAGAGGUUUGCAGACCACAGUGAUUACCGACUCUGCAGUGUUUGCUAUGAUAUCUCGAGUGAAUAUGGUUAUAAUUGGAGCCCAUGCAGUGAUGGCUAAUGGUGGGGUUAUAGGACCUGUUGGUGUCAACAUGGCUGCUCUUGCAGCAAAAAAGCACGCAGUCCCAUUUGUGGUUCUAGCCGGUAGUCACAAGUUGUGUCCACUCUAUCCACACAAUCCGGAGGUAUUACUAAAUGAGCUGAGAUCUCCAUCUGAACUGUUGGAUUUUGGUGAAUUCUCGGAUUGCCUGGACUCUGGAGCGGGUUCCGGGUCUCUUCAAGUUGUCAACCCAACAUUCGAUUAUGUCCCACCAAACCUUGUCAGUCUCUUCAUAACGGAUACGGGAGGACACAAUCCAUCUUACAUGUACCGCCUUAUUGCUGACUAUUACUCUGCUGAUGAUUUGGUGAUGUAGCGAGAAAAGGACUAGUUUUUGGGUCUCUGGUGAGAACGAUACGACAGUCACUCGGUUGGUCAGUCAUUCACAAUUGAAGAAUAUAUGUACAUUGCACAAACUAGUUUACUCAAGGAUUGUGAAUGAGAAAGAGAAACAUCUUUGUGUCUGAAGCUUUUCAGGCCAAGUUUAUUUUUGCCGUGUCUCGGAGUAAUUCGUUUAGUGCAGUCUCAAUGGUGUCUAUUGUUACUUGAUAUGCUUUUUUUUUCACUCAAGACGACAUUUUCUUUCUUUA